CGCGGCGCUAGCGCCUAGGUUUGGCCCUGAAGCCGCUCGCUCCCCGGUCUAGGCGGCCGCUCCCGCGGGCGUCGAGGGCGUGGCGGUGAGGCUCCCUGCACAGACGCUGCCCCGACUGCCGUCCGGGGUGUCUCUCCAGGCCCGGCUUUUCGUGGCGCCCCGUCCUCUCCCUUGGCUUCCUGCUUGUCUUCCUGCAGCAGCCGAGCGCACAGUAGAUUCCUGGUAGACAUCUUAGGACUUUAAAAACGGAAAAGACCUGCUUUUAGGGGAUAAUGCUGAGGGACACUAUGAAAUCCUGGAAUGACAGCCAGUCAGAUCUCUGUAGCAGCGACCAAGAAGAGGAAGAAGAGAUGAUUUUUGGUGAAAAUGAAGAUGAUUUGGAAGAGAUGAUGGAUUUCAGCGAUCUGCCCACCUCACUUUUUGCUUGCAGUGUCCAUGAAGCAGUGUUCGAGAUGCAAGAGCAGAAGGAGAGAUUCGAAGCACUUUUCACCAUCUAUGAUGACCAGGUUACAUUUCAGUUGUUUAAAAGCUUUAGAAGAGUCAGAAUAAAUUUCAGCAAACCUGAAGCCGCAGCAAGAGCACGAAUAGAACUCCACGAAACGGACUUCAAUGGCAAGAAGCUGAAGCUGUAUUUUGCACAGGUCCAGACCUCCAGUGAAACACGGGACAAAUCGUACCUCCUGCCGCCCCAGCCGGCCAAGCAGUUCCUCAUCUCCCCUCCAGCGUCUCCGCCGGUGGGGUGGAAGCAGGGCGAAGACGCAAUGCCUCUCAUAAACUAUGAUUUACUCUGUGCUGUGUCCAAAUUGGGACCAGGAGAGAAAUACGAACUUCAUGCAGGAACUGAGUCGACACCCAGCGUCGUGGUCCACGUCUGCGAAAGCGAAACUGAAGAGGAAGAAGAAACAAAAAACCCCAAACAGAAAAUCACCCAGACGAGGCGCCCUGAGCCUCCAACCACAGCCCUGAGCGAGCCCCAGGCCUUCGACUGCACGCUGUGAGGCCUCUGUUUAGGGCGCAAGGCAGCGGCCGUUGCAGCGUGGCAGCCACGGGGCUCACGGCCCUCCUGCCGGCGCAUCGCUGCUAAUGGUGUAGGUGAGGUGAGCAGGGCGUGACACGCAGUGCUGUCCCCAAGCCUGCACUGUGGACGUGGCAGUCUGGAGUAGAGGCUGAUUUUACCUGUUGAGAGUUUCAACUGAUAUUCUGAACAGCACUUCAAAGCAUUAACCCCCAACAUGCAGCAUCUCUUGAGCAUUUUUAAACAGUAGCAAAUUAGGAAAACGGCCCCCUCCAGGAAUGUUCCUCUCCCUGAUUCCAUGUAGCAUGGGGUACCCAAAAGCUCAAAUUAUUGUCCCUGAGUGCAGUACCAUUUUUAUGAAUUUAAAAGUAGUCUUACAAUUUUAAUGAUCUAGUGUGGUUAUUUUUGUACUGGUAUAAUAACUUCUAACUAAAUCUCUUGAUCAAAGAUUGUCAUUCAGUGUACCUAAAAUUUUUUGCAUGAAAAGAAAUGAAGCAUAGGGUAAUUCAUAGAAAAUCAUUUUUCUCUCAUAUUUUUUUUUAACUUCGGAGAAGAAAUGCCAAAUUCACUUUGACUGUCAGAAUCAAAUGGCACAAAUCUAUGUGCACAUCGUUCUCCUGCUUGGAAUUCAAGGAAAGCGGUGCACGCACCACUGUCCUCAGGCACCCUCCGUCCUUCCCAGAGAAAGAGCUGCUACUUUGGAAGGGGGACGUAAUCGCCAGUGAGCCUGACUGACUAGGAGUCAGGUGGCUCCUGCAGGCUGCCACUGCGGCCGUGUCCUAGCCCACAGCAUACCAAACUGUCUUCAGCCGCCUGUGAAGUUUUUCUAUGCUAUACAUAUUUGUGUGUGUCAUUUAUAGACUUUAAAUUAGAAAAGGUAAUGAUAAGAUCUGAAGACCAUUUUAAAGGUGCCCAUGUAAACAUUCUGCAGCUUGAAAGGACGGUCACGCCUACUCCAUUUCUGUGAAUUAGGGAAAGAUAGGGGGAGAUCAUUUUGGUAUUCAGACUUUCUUUUUUUGGUGAAUUGUUUUACCCUGACUUACAGUAAGCAUUUACCCUAAAACAGAAUUAUUUCUCACUUACGUUUCAGAGCUGAUAGUUGAACCUCCUAACGUAAGAAGCAAGCAUCUUUGUAAUUCUUUGGGAUCCAUGCAGACUUCAAAGUCCUUUUUAUAGAAAAGUCUCAUAGCUAAAUGCUUUGCUUUUGGUCAGCGGCUCUGCUGAUUCUCCGCUCACACUGUUGUUGUCUACGUGUGGCUCCUGGAAUGUAUGUGCGGGGGUUGCACAUCUAAGUUUGGGCUAAUACACCAAUGUGGCUGCCCCUGCAAAGAGAGAAGAAUGCAGACAGUGCAGGCCAUGAUGUCUCUACAUUUUUGGUGACAUGUUUUUGUGGUUUAGAUGUUAUUAUGGUAGAAUUUGAUUCUGAGGACUUAAGUUAUAUUGCAAAAAAAAAAAGUUUUGUAUGUUUUCCUUGCCCUGUAAUACUUUGAGGUGAUAAACUCUUCUAUUUGUAUAUAUCUACCACAGCUUAGCCUCAAUGUAAAUUCAGUUCAGAUUUGCAAUUCCGUAGCAAUUUAUUAAAUUCAGGUCACCAGUUGGCAAUUUAAAUCAUGGCCACUAAAUUCAGCUUUAUGCCAGUUUUUAAUCUUACCUGAUUACACUAACUUAUCAUUGCAGAAUGGACUCUGUAAGCCAAGAAAUGUAUGUAUUAUCACCAGGUGGGGAUUUUAAAAUUUCCUUUUAGGUAAUACUUAUUCAUUGUAAUUUUCUAAGUGACCAAAACCUAUGCUUUAUAAUUUUGCUUGGCUUUCACUCUCUACCUUCCAGUUAAAGAAUAUUGUAUCCUUAACAUGUAAAACAUUUUAAAAAGUCAAGCAUUGCAAAUUACCCAAGUUUUUUGUUCCC